CUGGUCACCAUCGCAGUCAGUGGUGUAGAUGUGUACUUACACACAUGGCGGACAUAGAAUGACAUUACUUUCUACGGUAAUUGCAGAAGAAGGUUCCUGGUUCAACCAACAGCUCUACUACUGUCCUGUCACUGGCCAAUAACUCAUGCAGACACUAUGGAGAGCCUUAUAGUAGAAUCACAGUCAGAAUAGUGCCCUUCCAAACUGAGAG